ACAAGGAAGCACGCACGGAGCUGGUUUACUUUUUGGGUGGCUUUGCGAAGAACUAUAUUCAUGAACGAGUCUGUGACAGGCAAUCUAAAUAGGACCUGGGGUCUGAGCAAAUAUGCCAGACUUCAGCCGAAAGCUGUAGGAACUGGAGAUGCUAUGUGCGCAAAAUCGGAAGAAUGGAAAACUAUUGAAGAUAGCCUUACAUCGCCGUUGAGCAUAGUGAUCACAGUGACCGGCCAUUUGACAAUCUUAUCAGGAACGACAGUCCUCGAGGGAUACUUCCUUGUCGACGCUCAUAAAUGGUUGAAAGGCUUUUGUAAAAAUAACUGUAUAGUAAUUGCGUACAAAACAUGUGACGUGAGUCGAAUAUUCCGCCUUCAGUUUCGUGAUUGUGGUACUCCGGGUUCAACAAGCGAUAAAUUAUGUAAAGAAUGCGCGAGUGUUAUGGGAAAGUAUUUUACCGUCAAAGUUAUAGAAAACACAACUAAUGAAAAUUCUCUCACCCAGGACAUAACAAUGCCUGCAUUGCCUACCGUCUCUAAUAUUUGUUCAACAAUUCUGUCGGAUACAAGUAUGCUACUUCUAUAUCAACAUUGUAACUAUGAUGUCACAAAUUCCGCCGAAGGCAUGGCUGAAUUUGUAACUACAUGUCUGACUGAUCCAAACUUUCCUGCGUUCGUAGGACAUGUGGAAAAAGUAAUCAACGGAAUAAAAAAUAAAUGAAAGUAUAAAAGAUGAUCCAUGACUAGCAAAAAUGCGAUUAACAUUAGACUGCUAAUUUGCUACGACAUUUCGAGUUGUCUGUGUUUGUUCAGGGAUUUUUCAACUAUGUGAAUCGAAGUUUGUAAGUUGGAAUUGACUCUUUCGCGGUUUUAUGAACAUGAACAUCUUUGCACCGCUUAUUAUCCCGAAAACCUUGCUCUCCUUGCGAUAAAUCUUAUCUCGUUAAUAUCAGUAUCCCUCCACUAUUGAACAACUAUCGUUAUUGUCGGUCUCGGAAGUCGCACGAGUUUUUGAUUAAUCGGUGCAAUUGGGCUAGGGUUUACUAUGUAUAGAGCAGUGGAAAUUGACUUCCUUUCUUAACACGACAAAAAACCUGGGUAUGAUUCUUCUCAAUCCGCCAUUAUAUGACAUGUCUUAAAUGGUGUUUUGGGGGUUAAUGAUCAGCAAUUAGCGAGUGUCUGAAAGAGGAUAAUGCAAAAUAGACUCAGAGUGACAGCUGACAUAGGGUUAAGGUUAAGCCGCCAUGGCCUUAUUCGUUUAAUAAUUUUACAAAAAGUCUUUAUAGC